GCAUGCAUUGAAAGUGCUGUCAAAAGGUAGAAACGAACGACAGUUGGUGUAGCUGCAGCCGCCUGUGGGGUCAACCAACCACCAACUUGGCCAGGGAGCUACUCCGAUCCAGCAUCACGCUCUAUUUCUACUUCUCUUCCAAGCUGCCAUCGAAGGGGUCUUUCUCCGCAUCAUAUCCUUCUCAGCCAGUCAUCCCGCCGCAUCCAUUAUAUCCUCGUUGGUUACGCUUCUGACAGAUCCGUCCCGAGCAAGCCCAUUUGUUCUCCCCGUCAACUCCAGGCUCCCAUCCCCGGCUAGCGGAAAAUCGCCCACCUCUCGAGAAAAAAACAAAAACUAAUUCGGCGACAUCUUUGGGAAACUGAACACGUUUCGAAUAGAAAAGUCCCGGAGCAAUGAUCAUUCGAAAAUAUUGCUGAUGAGCUCCAUGAUUGAGGGCCGUGAUGACUGGGCACGAGAGGAUGAGCUCGACUUGGGUCAGGAGAAUGAAGAGCUUCAUCCCUAUCAGGCUGGCGACGGCGCAAUCAUGUCCAACGGCGAUGAAUCUAGAGACGAGAUGGCUGAUUCAAUGAUCGUUGGUAAAGAAGGAGGAUCGUUCGCAACGGACAAUCGCCAUCAUCUGGCCGACGCUCCGGUUGAAGAUCAACCGAAGGAGCUGCUCCCUAGAGCGCCUGGGAGUGUAGAUGAGACUACUUCAACACCAGAUGAUACCCCUUCUUUACAUGGUUCUCUCCUUUCGUCGCAGAGCGGCAGCAGUGCCUUGGCGCUUCGAGGGUCUCCCAGAGCCAGCCUCAGCCCUUCCCAUCAUCAUCGUCCCUUCGAUCUUCGAUUUCAGUCCAGACUAUCUUCCCCGUCGCAUAGCGGUUUUCGACCAUCUUCCCCUUUCUUGAACCAUUUCAGAUCUCGACAAUCUUCCCUCGCCAGUCAGUUAUCCCCUGCAGACUCCGGAACCGAAACGUCCGACAACCCUUGGGAUGUGGUACGAUGGACCAAGUUGAGAAAGAUAGCCGGCCAGGUGUUCUCGGAGCUGGGCAAGCGCAAUUUUGGUCGUCCCACUUGCGUGGCUGUUUCUACGUCUAUUGUGAUUGGGACCUCGAAAGGUGUUAUUCUUGUGUUUGACUACCAGCAGACCUUGAGGGCAAUUAUUGGGCUGAGUACAAAGGCUGUCGAAUGCGGCGCAAUAACUUCGUUGGCCAUUUCCGCGGAUCACUCGACGGUCGCAGGUGGCCACGCCUCUGGUGAUAUAUUUACGUGGGAAAUAUCGAAAUCUGCGCGACCAUUCCUUCAUAUACGCCCUAUUCCUUCUACUCAAAUCGAUCGUCGGACUUCUGAUGGGCAUGUGUUCGGAGCGUCUGUUAUACAUGUGGGUUUCCUUGGGACCAGGCGCACUGCGCUCGUAUCCGCUGACGAGCGGGGGAUGGCCUUUUCGCAUCUUGCGACAAGGGGAAUGGGUGCAGUAGGGCGGACGGUGAAGACAGCAAGAAUACUUGGCCGAUAUCCUCAGAGCGAACUGGCCGGAAGCAAACCGCGAAAACCAAGUUCUGUCCUCGCAUUCUCCCCUCUCCCUCUCGGCAAUGUUGACCAACCGACCGACUCUCUCGGCCUGGUUGCCAUGCUCACUCCGUAUCUCUUGGUCAUCGUGUCUACUACGCCCGUCGCGCGGACCCAGCAUAAGGCACCUCGUCCUAGGGAGGUUGCAGCGCACGGCGCUAUGACCGGGGCUCUGGCAUGGUUUCCAGCCAUCAAGUUGAAGGGAAAGGACUCGGAAAUAUCGAAGACAAAGCUCGUCUAUUGUUGGUCCAAUGUACUAACCGUCCUUGACGUUUCAGAGAUCAACAACGGAUCGACCAAUAGUGAUAACCCCCCCAGUCUCCUGUUCAAACCACGAAGCCGGUGGAAAGCAGAAGAGGCUAUAGUUGCCGUACAAUGGUUGAGCCGUUCGGUAAUGGCAGUGCUUACUAUAACCCAGCAAUUGCUCAUCCUGGAGGACUAUUCGCUUCGUGUAACUGAAUCUGUUGACCUUCUCCACAGACAUAUCUAUCAUGCGGACUUGUUUUCUUCGCAGCUCCAUAAUCUGGUCGAGCAGUUUGACGAGGAGGAUGUGUCAAUGCACGGCGUCGUUGCCGAUGCAUUUUAUAUGAGCUUUCGCGCCUACAAGGGACGUCUAUUUCUCCUCAGCUACAACGACGUUUCCGUGGGAAGCUUGUCGAAUUGGGCAGACAGGCUGUUUUCUUUAAUGGAAGUGGGUGACUUUAUUGGAGCUAUCCGACUGGCCACGUCCUACUAUAGAGGCAAUGCGGAGAAACUCACUAUUGGCCUUCCCGAAGAGGAUGCAUUAAGACAUCCCAUUGUCCGAGAUAGACUGGUAGAGAUGAUCUCGGCGUCGCUCAAGUAUGCCUUUGGCCGAAAUGAAGGGGCCAACAACGAGCGGCUCGAAAACCGACAGUUGGAGGAGUUGGCGGAGACGUCUAUCUCUGCGUGCGUCUGCCUGGCCGACAAGGAAUUUCUAUGGGAGGAGGUUUUCACUUGGUAUGAGGAACACGGAGCUCAGGGUAUUUUUCUUGAUGCUCUCGAGCCGUAUAUUGUCGAUGGGACCUUGCGGUCUUUACCUCCCACUGCUGUUAAGGCUCUCAUCAAUCACUUCGCAAAGACCCAUACGGCCAGCAGGCUUGAAGAGAUAAUUUGUCUGCUCGACACGGAAAAUAUGGACAUCGAUCAGGUUACGACGCUGUGCAGGCAUUACAAUCUGUACGAGGCUUAUAUAUACGUUUGGAACCGCUGUCUGGGGGAUUACGUGGGCCCUCUGCAGGAGCUGUUGACGCUCAUUCCGUCCCGUACAGAACCGCUGGUGAACGGAGAGUCGCUACAUGAACUUAAGCAACAGGCGAAUGCGAUGAAAAUGUUUCCUUACCUCUCUUUUAUCUUCACUGGUCGCGUUUAUCCGACGGGUGAUGAUAUGGACGAGGACGAAUCCGUGCGAGCAAAGUCGGCAUUAUAUCACUAUCUCUUCUCAGGAAAUCUAGCCUUCGAUGUGGCAGAGGUAGAGAAUCUCACUGUUGCCCAGGAUAACGAUUCAUUCUCCGGUCUCCGAGCCAUGCUUAAGUUCGAUGCAGCCAGCUCUAUGAGCAUGUUAAACGAGGCGUUUGAAGAUAGUUUCCUCAACGAUCAUCAAGAAUCCGACGAAGUAGCCUCUUUCAACCAUGGUGUCUCGAUUAACCGGCAGUAUCUCAUAACCAUAUUACUCCAGGUCAUGGAUCCUCACCACUUCAGCCCAUCUGAUACCAUUUAUUUAGACAUGUUUAUUGCACGCAACCUUCCAAAAUACCCCCAGUAUAUCCUUCUUUCUGGCACGAUACUCCAGCAAGUUCUCGUGCGGCUUUGCGAUUAUUCAAACGAGGAGAUGGCGGAGGAUUGUGAACUCAGCGCGGAAUAUCUGUUGUCUAUAUAUCAUCCUCCUGACAUUCAGGCGAUGGUUCCACUAUUCAAGAAAGCGCGCUUUUUUCGGAUUCUUAAAUCGACCUAUAGCACCGAAAAGAUGUUCCCGGAAUUGAUCCUGACGUAUCUCGAUGACCAGAAUGAGCAAGAGGCCGUCUUUACGCGUAUACAGGAUUGCCUACGGCCUGGAUCGGGGCUGAGUAAGAAGCAGAUACGAGACAUUGUCAACACGAUUAAGAGCCAGGCUAGGAAACUGGCUGGUAUCGAUGUCACCAAGGCUGCCCAUACGAUGCAAGCUGUGGCCCCAGAGACGCACGCGACUUUCCUGGAAGCGCUGACAAACGACCCAUAUAAUCAAUACGAGUAUUUGGUGGCACUUAUUGAGCCGCAGACAAAAAAGACCGCUGUGGAGGGUAGGAGGCGACGACCGAAGGCGAUUGAGAAUUGGAUGCUUGAGCGCUACGUACAACUUUUGUGCAAGUAUAACCCGACCCAUGUAGCGGAUUUUGUGGAUGACCUACGGACUGGAGAUGUCCGACUGGAGGAACUAUUGCCUUCUAUGGAAGAGAGCGGAGUGGUGGAUGCUGCAGUGAUUCUGCUCGCUAGACAGGGCCAAGUUCGGGCAGCCAUGGAUCGACUCAUUUCUCAUCUUGGCACCCUUCAAUCUGGUCUCGUGGGUAUUCUUCAGAGCGUAGAAGAGAGUCCGGAUUCUGCCAGCACGACAGAGGCCAUUGAUGAUCUUGUCGAGUCGUUGAACAAAUACGCGCGGGUCGGAACGUGGCUUUGCCAAGGGCAGACCAAGACGAGCCGGCGACCUCGGGAGGCUGUGGUGAAGACAAACGGCAAACACGGGAUGGCUGCUCUUGAGCAACCACUGUCUUUCGACGAGAGUCUCUGGCUUGAUCUCAUUGAGGCCGUUGUUCGCAUAGCGAGCAAUGUCUUUACGUUUCUACGAGGAACCCAGCCAGGCCAUUCGGGUGAGCAGUUGGUGCAACAAUCAACGUCUCAUCCGGGCAGUGCUCCGCCUGGUCGGUUGAUAUCGUCAUUCCGCGGCUUGGUACAACAGGUCUUCACAGCGUUACUGUCGAACACGUUGAAGGGGACGACUAGUCCUUCAGCAACGGGAACAGCGUCGAUAGCGAGCGACCGGACAGACGUCUCGUUUCUUCGAAUUCUACGAGCUUUCCUCACCCGGGCCGUAACGUGGUCUCCAUCCCUUUUCGAACUCCGGGCGGUUCUUGCAUCAAUUUUCUCUGCAUAUACCUACGAACAGUCUCUUCUUUCUCUCGCCAAUGGCAUGUUAGAUCGAGACCUCUUCGUACACGUGAACGAGGUCACGCGGCUGCGGCAACAAGGGUGGAGACCACGCGGGCAGGUCUGUGAGAUCUGUCGUCGGCGUAUCUGGGGUCCUGGAGCGGGAUCGCAAUAUUGGGAGGCUUGGGAAAAGAAGCAGAGCAGAGACCAUCGGAGACGGGUGGCGAAGAGAGCUGAAAGUAGUAUCGACCCUGCGGCACAUGGCGGGAAAGGCAAGGCCGUUGCUGUUAGCGUUGGCGUUGGCAUUGACGGAGACUACGAUGAGGUUGGCGAUGCUGAUGGGACGGAUGGAAGCGGUCGCUUCGACGUGCCCAGGAGACGGGCAUCGCAGGGCGCAUUCGAAUUGGCAUCGACAUUGGUGCCAGGACCGGUGGUGGUAUUUGCGUGCCGACAUCUCUACCACCGCGGGUGUCUCCUGGAGGCAGAUUCGGAAUCUGGGAGGCUGGGGAUGGAACCGUUUUGCUAUCAGGUCUUUUCUAAUUCACGGUGA